AUGACGGCAACUACCGAAGCUCAUGAUGCUCUAACUCAAGUGAAACUAUCCAAUACAUUUGGUCUUUCUAAAGAUCUUACUGAUCCAAUAAUUGUGAAAAUAUGUUAUCUUGAACCAACUUUAAUAACACAACAUGAAUCCAUACCAUUGCUGACCAAAUUCGAAAACCCAAGUGUUUUCAAAACAUCAUCAAGGAUAUACAAAAACUCAGAUUUGUUCAUACGGAUUGGAAUGUAUGAUGGGAAGAACAACAAUUUGAUUGCACCCGUUUCCCAAACUACAUUCACGCAUUUCCGCGGGAGACGAGUAUGGAACCAGUACGUGAAAUUAGCCAUGGAGUACAACCAGAUAUGUCUGGGCGCAUACUUGAAGUUUGUCAUAUAUGAAAUUGUUGAUUGUAAGAGUGUUGUGUUUGGGGUAGGGUACUUGUCCAUGUUUAAUCAUACGAGGUCGACAUUAAGGAGUGGUUCACAGAAGGUGGCAAUUAAUACGAAAUUGCCAGACAAACCGCUGGUUGAUUAUGGUGAUCCCAAGGGGUUGACUGAGUUGGAAACCAAUUUGAUCAAGUUUGAAAACGGUGAGUUUAAUAGAGUCAAUUGGUUGGAUAAAUUGGUGUUGCCUAAAUUAACCGGGGGUCAGAAACUGGACCAAGAAGAAAUCAAUACUGAUGCCGAUUAUUUCUUGUAUGUUGAAUUACCCAAUUUUGAAUUCCCAAUAGUUUAUUCCGACAUAAAGUAUGAAAUACCGACCAUACCCAAAUUCGAACCCAAGCAACCGGAAAAUUCAAGUAUUGUGAUUAAUUCUGUGGAUAUACUGUCUGAAGGCAGUCAACCAAAAGUUUACGAUCCCGAUUUCCAAAUAGCCACCAGGCUAAAUCAUAUUAAUGCUACAACAACAAUCUACGAUCCCAUUGAACUUAAAUAUCAUAAACUUGAAAGAAACAUUAAUAAUAAUACCAUGUUGGAUAAGGAAUUGAAACCUACUCCACAAUUGCGAGAUGAGUUACUUCGAAUUUUAGUCAAACCUUCAAAUAUUGAGCUUAAUGAUUAUGAAAAGAACUUGAUUUGGAAGUUUAGGUAUUAUUUCAGUAAGAAUAACCAAACCAAUAUCGAUUCAAGAAACAAAACCACGACUCAAUCAUUCUUGCCUAAAUUCUUGAAGUCGAUUGAUUGGGAUAAUGAUUAUGAAGUAGAUCAUGCAUUUAAUGAGAUUAUUCCUAAUUAUUGGGGAGUUAAUAACUUACAAAUUGGUGAUGCUCUUGAAUUACUCGGAGAUUAUUUUAAUCCGUUUGUAUUGGGAAGAUCUAUGUAUCCUGUUGAACAACCACAACGUGAUAGCUCAAAGUUGAAAGAUGAUGAAAAGAGAUUCUUGAAUCUAUUCAAGAAUGUGACAUUAUUGAGAAAGUUGGCAGUUGAUAGGUUGAGAUUGGCAAGUAGUGACGAACUACUUUUGUACUUGCUUCAACUUGUGCAAGCAUUGAAAUAUGAAUCGUUGAUCUAUGAACGGAAGCUUCCAUUUGAUGAAAUUGAUUUACAUCAUCAUAAAAACAAUGGAGAUCCUUUGGAAUCUCCCCUUGCCAAAUUCUUGAUUGACGAGUCUGUACAUUCCGAAAAGUUGGGAAAUUUCUUUUACUGGUAUGUUAAAGUUGAAAAUGAAGAUCAGUUAAAUACUCGAUCUACACCACCUCAGGAAAGGCUGCCAUUCGAAAAUACCGACAGUAAAAUGUAUGGUGCAAUUUUGAACAAGUAUAUUGACAACCUUAAGAAACAUUGUCAUGAGCAUAGAUUGCCUUAUUACAAACAUCUAAAACGACAAAUUUGGUUUAUUAAGAAACUAACUGGUUUAGUUGAAUUGUUAAGGAGUUCAUUUAGAAAGAAUGAAUCAACAAUGAGGAAAACUGAAUUUUUAAAAGAAUACCUUUCUAAUUCUUCAAAUGAACUCUUAAAAUUUCCUGACCCGUUUCCGCUACCAUUGGAUCCUUCGAUUAUGAUCUGUGGUUGUUAUCCUGAAGAAUCUGCCGUGUUUAAAUCAUCAUUGGCUCCAUUGAAGAUUACAUUAAAAACUAUUGAGAGUGGUGGUGCAAGUCGUCAUUCAGCAACAUCGCAGAUUAUAUUUGGAAAGAAACAUAAUAAGUAUGGAAAAUACCCUAUGAUGUUUAAAAUAGGGGAUGAUUUACGUCAGGAUCAACUAGUGAUACAAAUCAUUGAUCUUAUGGAUCAAUUAUUAAAGAAUGAAAAUUUGGAUUUGAAAUUGACUCCAUACAAGAUUCUCGCUACUUCACCAGUAGCUGGGUUAAUUCAAUUUGUUCCUAAUGAAACGCUUGAUUCUAUUCUUUCGAAAACAUAUCCUGAGAUUUCAAGACCAACUCUGAAUCAAAGCAGUGCCAACAGUGGUGCCCCUCAAGUCAGUACUCCUACCACUACCAAUGGAAUUCUAAACUAUCUCCAAGUACAUAGUCGGGAUCAACAAGAAUCAGAACCAACACCCACACAUAGUAUUCUUGGGGCAUCGCAUGUUGCUGCACCUACAUCACCACCACUGCCACGAGUACAACCUAAACCAGCAAUCACAUCUAACAUGGGUGUCUCACCUGUGCUAAUGGACAACUAUGUUAAAUCAUGCGCUGGGUAUUGUGUGAUUACGUACAUAUUAGGUGUCGGUGAUCGUCAUUUGGACAAUCUAUUAUUAUCACCUAAUGGUAAAUUCUGGCAUGCUGAUUUCGGAUACAUUUUAGGACGUGAUCCAAAGCCGUUCCCGCCAUUGAUGAAAUUGCCGAUUCAAGUAAUUCACGGUAUGGGUGGGUUACAACAUGAGAAUUACAAUAUAUUCAAAAGUUAUUGUUUUAUCACGUAUACUACAUUGCGCAAGAACAGUAAUUUGAUUCUCAACUUGUUUCAAUUGAUGUUGGAUGCCAACAUACCUGAUAUCAAGUUUGAUAGAACUAGAGCUAUUGAGAAGGUACAAGAUAAGUUUUGUUUGCAAAUGACUGAAGAAGAAGCGAUUUUGCAUUUCCAGAAUUUGAUUAAUGAUAGUGUGAGUGCGUUUAUGCCGGUUGUUAUUGAUAGAUUACAUAGUUUGGCUCAAUAUUGGAGGGCAUGA